AUGACGACGCGCGAAAGAAAACAAAGAGAGUCCACGGAUGGCAUUGUAGAUAUGGAGAUGACGGCCUUCCUUGAGCGGAAUGACAUCCACAUAUACCUAGGACAUGCCUUGAUCUUUGGUUUCUGCUCCAACAAAUAUGUCACGUAUAGAACGGUCCUGCGUGCCCUGACCUGUGGCGUGUUCCAGUUUCGCUACCCUUUGUACAGACUGGGAUUAAUCCCAUACGACCCCUCAGGCCCCCUCAUGUUUCCGGAAUGUAGAGGUAGCGUGGACUUCGAACAAAACGAGUAUAGCAUUGCAGAUAUAAUGCCGGCGGGCUGCUAUGAGAUUGUCGACGAGUACAAGAAGAUCCGCCUUGAACGGUCUGACUGUUUCUUAGUCCAAACGCCAGUGAGAACACGGUCCCUCGUUACCCCCAAAGCCCCUACAGAAGUCCAAAAGGAGGAUAUUAAAUCGCUCAGAGUGUCUACUUCGGACAAUCGGACUCAAAGCGCACAAAAUGGAGACCAAGGCCUACCCUCAGAAGUUCAAAGUCGAGCAAGGGCAUCUGACGCGCCUGCGAGGACAUGGAAGGUUCACGGAAAAUGCGCAUUCACCGGUCAAGGCCCAGCGCUAUCCAUCAAUUCCAACCAGCCGUCAAACGUGCAAAUAAUGCAUAUCUGGAAACACUCGUACCUCGAUCUUUGGAGAGAGGCUAAUCUGGAGCAAUAUUGCACUGAUCCAGGUCCGGCGACCGCGACCCAACCCUCUGAACACCGGUAUCUUGGAUAUCAUAAGAUAUGCAGCCUGAGCAAUACCUGUGCAGUGCGAUGCGACAUACUUAACCUCCUUGAUGAUAAUGAGCUGUCAAUUGAUAGUACCAACAGACAUCUUCUGUCGUUUUCAAAGGGUCUCGUUGACUACACCGAAUAUCAGUAUGAUGUUCGACACAUUACUCGCAUAUAUCAACCAGCUCCUAAAUUCUGGGAGCUACAUUUCUUGAACUGUGUGAUGGCACACUGCAUUUGCCCAUCUAUUCGUGUGGAUUUGGAGGAGGAGGAGGAGAGAGUUGAGGGGAGUAUGGGUACUUUGCAGGGCGCAGCCAGUACUGAGGAGGAUGGGGGUAGAGUUGACCUAACAGGUGGUGGUUUCUGGGCGUCUAAGCGACGCCGGGAUGCGCAUGCUACGGCGAUGCAAUAUUUUGAUGAAGAAUCUGGUGUCUUUUACCACGAGAUUGGUGCUGGAAAGGAUGCCAUGGAGGAUUACAUCGCUCAAUCCCUCACUAUUCCUCACCCUGGACCGCUAUUACCUCCUCGCAUUGCAAAUUUGGAUGACAUGGAGUUCGCAUAG